AUGAGUAGUGAUCCUAUAACAGAGCUUUGUUGCGGAGUAUUUUGUCUAUUUUGUGCAAGUUUUUGUGGCACCAUGUGCAUUGACGCUUGCUGUGGACAUAUUAAUAAAGUUGAAAUUUCACAAAAUCAAUCGCCGAUCAGGAAUCAAGCAUACUCAAUAAAUCAUGAUAAUGACGUGUGUCAUGAACGAUCGUGGAACUACAAUCCAAAUAGAUUCAGUAACGAGCCAUCAGCACCAACUCAAGACAUUGUCUUUAGCUCAAAUCCAGUCGGAACAGAAGUAAUCACUACACAGCCACACAGAAGUGACAGUGAAAUUAUUUUUGGAAUCACUACACCUAAAAUUGAAGAUGUGAACUCACCGCCACCUUUAUAUGGAUCUUGGUUCCAAAUUAACGACUCGAGAAAUGAAUCACCAAAGUACUGA